AUGCUGGGUUCCAGCCCCGCUCCUUGGAGACCCUGGAUGCUGACACCCACAGAUGCGGAGCUGGCCAGAACCAGGAGUCGGGAACCUGGGGGUGAGCCACAAACUUUGGGAUCAAAGGGAGCCUUUGGAUUUCAACAUCCUGUAAGGCUUUACUUACCCAUUUCAAAGCGUCAAGAAUACCUGCAGAGCUCUGGCGAAAGAGUGCUGGCCAGCUUCCCAGUGCAAGCCACCAUCCACUUCUACAACGAUGAGUCUGAAUCUGAGUCAGAUUCAGAUGAGGAUCAGCCAGGGAAGGAAACCCAGCCUUUGGAUCAUCAGUGCCAGGAGGUGGACAAUCUCCAGGAAAACAGCUCAGGGGCAGAAUGA